AUGUUUGUCUUGGCAGGCAAAGACAUGAAGCUAGAAACCAUGACAUUGGAGGAGUGGGACACGGUCAGUGAGUUGGGUAGGGGUUCGAUUGAGAACUAUAUAGCCGAUGAGGUUAUAUUCAAUAUGAUUGAAGACAUUGCGAAGCAAACAUUGAAAAAGCUUGAAUAUAUGUAUGUAGGAAGACUUGUAGAGAAUGGAAUUUAUUUAUGUAUGGAAGAUAAGGCUAUUUUUGUCUUGAGAUCCUUACAUUCAUCAUACAAGCACUUCAAAUUUGAGGAGGUUGUGAAAGAUAUUCUCUUCCGUCAUAGGAUAAAUGAUGGGGAGAGCUCUCAAGGUGAAGGUCUAGUUGCAAAGGUCGUUGAGAGGGAUCGUUCAAGUAAGCAUGAAGGUAAGAAAGGUAACAUGAGCAUGUCAAAAUUCAAGGCUAAAGAUGGUUGUUUUGAGCGUGGGUCAAAAGAACACUAG